AUGAGCGAACAAGCUCAAGAGGAUAGCGGCCCCUCGCUGGCCUUGCGCCCUUCCUCUAAAGACACUAGAAUGAGCGAACAAGUUCAAGAGGAUCGUGGUCUCUCGCUGGCCUCGCGCCUCGUUCAUGGAGACGAUGGCAUCUCUACGCAUCGGGCCGUGGCGCCGGCCAUGCACGUCAGCACGACAUUCCGCUACAAUGACAACCCAGAGAUGCUCGAACCCGAAGUCUAUGUCAACCCCGAUGCGCCGUUGGACUCACACGUGUACUCCCGCUAUACCAGCCCGAACACCACCCGUCUCGAAGCGAUCCUGACGUCCGUGCUUGGCGGCAAAGCACUCACAUACGCCUCAGGCCUGUCAGCCUUUCAUAUGAUGCUCGUGCGCAUUAAUCCAAAACGCAUCGCCAUCGGUGACGGCUACCACGGCUGCCACGGCAUCAUUGGAAUCCAAUCUCGCCUGACGGGCCUCCAGAAGCUGCCCCUCGAUUGCGACCCGUCCGAGCUACAGCCCGGCGACAUAAUCCAUGUCGAAACACCUCUCAACCCGACCGGCGAGGCACGCGAUUUGCAGUACUAUGCCGACAAGGCGCACGCGGUAGGCGCGUACCUGACGGUGGACGCCACUUUUGCGCCGCCGCCCCUACAGGAUCCGUUUGCGCAUGGUGCCGACCUUGUCAUGCACAGCGGCACAAAAUACUUUGGCGGGCACUCGGACAUGCUGUGCGGUGUGCUCGCCCUCAGUCCGCGGCUGCCCUUUGACGACUGGUACCCAGCCAUGGUGUACGACCGCGCCAUCCUGGGCUGUGUCAUGGGUAGUAUGGAGGGCUGGUUGGGUCUGCGCUCGAUGCGCACCAUGGAGCUGCGCGUGCUGCGUCAGAGCAAGACGGCCACGGACCUUGUCGGCUGGCUGGCCGCUCAGGUCAAGGACCCGCAAUCGCCCGUGGCCAAGGUUGUCGAUCAUGUCAAGCACGCGAGUCUGCAGCCCGAGGCGGCUGAUGAGAGCAGCUGGCUGCGGCGGCAGAUGCCUGGCGGCUACGGUCCCGUCUUUGCCCUGGCGAUGAAGAGCGAGGCCGUGGCGAAGCGGCUGCCGAGCAAGCUGCGGCUGUUUCACCAUGCAACGAGCUUGGGUGGCGUGGAGAGUCUAAUUGAGUGGCGUGCCAUGACGGACAAAACUGUGGCGAGGAACUUGCUGCGUGUGAGCAUCGGCGUAGAAGCGCUUGAAGAUCUCAAGGCCGAUUUUGAGCAGGCUUUUGCAAAGCUCGCUGCGGAAGUUUAG